CGCUCUUUAGUCUGCAGGUCACAAAAUGUUCACCUGCCCAUUGGGGGAAAAAAACCAAAACAAUCUUUUUAUGUAUUUUUCUAUGUAUUUAUGAAUCUCACAUUACAUCGUCGUGUCUAAGCAACCUCCCUCCCUCGCUCCCCUCCUCCUCCGCCCCACUACGCAAUCGAGCCGGCACUGCUUGGUGUCGUUAUAACCUCGCACUUGGAUGUCUGCUGCGCUCUUCAUCGUCCAUCCUCCUCAUCCUCGUCGUCUCCGCCGCCGCGCCAGUCUGAAACCACAACGGAACUCAAAGCGAGAGAAAUGACAGACCCGGUGACCAGAGAGUUCUACCCAGUCCCGCAGUUGACCAUAGUGGAUCCGUCUCCAGGCACGGUGCGGAACGGCCAGUGCGCCCCGGAUGGCUUCGGCAACAACCGCAACAACCAGCAGCAGCAGCACGUCAGAAGCCCCGUCCGACAUGAGGCUCUCACCACCGGCCAGGAGAUGAAAAUCGCAGACAGUGUGGAGGGAGAAGGUCUCCUUGAGAGCAGCCUGCGUCUGAAGCCUCAUGAGGCUCAGAACUAUAGGAAGAAGGCUCUCUGGGUCUCAUGGAUCUCCAUCGUGGUCACCCUCAUUCUGGCCGUGACAGCUUUCACUGUAUCGUUCAUGAGGCACAGCGCAUCGGCCUUCGGAUUUGCCUUUGAUGCCACCUUGGAUGUUCUCUCAUCAAUCAUUGUACUCUGGCGCUACAGCAAUGCGGCCGCUGUGCAUUCAGCACACCGAGAAUACAUAGCUUGUGUGGUGCUGGGAAUUGUGUUUGUGCUCUGCUCCCUGUGCAUUCUUGGAAAGGCAAUUCAUAAUCUGGUUUCCAGGAUGCCCCCAGAAGUGGAUGACUUCCUCUUCAGUGUGUCCAUCGUGAGUGGAUUUGUGUGCACUGUGCUGGCUGUUGCCAAGUUCAUGCUGGGCAAAGUGCUCACGAGCCGCGCACUCAUCACAGAUGGCUUUAACUCUCUGGUUGGUGGUUUCCUGGGAUUUACCAUUCUUAUCAGUGCCCAAGUGUUCAAGGACCACCCUGAUGUCUGGUUCUUGGAUGGCUUGAUUGGAUUUCUCAUUGGACUCAUCAUUUUGGCAUACGGGGUCAAGCUUUUAAUGGAUAUGGUGCCCCGUGUGAGGCAAACAAGAAACUACGAACGCUUUGAGUGAGGUUCUCAAACUGACUGUUUGUCCCCCUGCUAUCAACUCGCUCCUUAUGUGCUAAAAGUAGUGAUUGGACAUUUGAAUUUUGGGCGCUACGUACAUCACUGUAAUAAGCAUACCCUCAUCCAUCCAUCCAUUUUCUUUACCGCUUAUCCUCACUCGGGUCGCGGGCCUCAUAGAGUCUAUAUUCUGCAUUCAUGCAUUCUCAUGUUUCCCUUCCCAUACAUCAGACAGACACGCUCAUUAAGAUAACUUUUUCUAUUGUUAAGCCUCCCCACAUUUCAUGAAGACUGGUUAAAUAAGAAGAUGGAGGGAUGGAAACUGAAUGAGUUCAACAGGCUGUGUCAUCAAACCAUCAAAUCAGGAGGCACACAUAAGACCUUGAUAGACGUCUUUUUUUUAAUCAUACACAAGCGGUUCAGACAAAGUGUAUAAGUUAUGAGUCAAUGUGAUGUGUGCUAUGUGAUGUAUCAAAAAAAAAAAAAAAAAAAAGCAAACAUCAUAUUUGCGCAGUUGUGGUUCAGUAGCCAGAAGAAAUGAGCGCCUCCUUUAAGGUAUUCACACUUUGAUAUCAGUGACUCUCAUGUAUUUAUUUAUUUAUUUAUUUAAUAAUUUGCCAUAUUUCAAUUUGUUUGCAAUGGAUGGGUCAAUGUAUUUUUUUUUCAACAAAAACAUUAACUGUCCCCUUUUAACGGGGUAAGUGAAAAGUGAUUAAAAGAAGUAUCAUAAAACCAAAGUUUGUAAAAGGGUUUUUCAGCUAUAUAGAGAAACGUAUCGAGGCAAACAUUCUAAUCAAAUAUUUUUUUUUCAAUCAGGAGUUGGACUACACUAGCUGUAGCUGCAAAGGGUCGGGGUACAUGUGUCUAUAUAACUAGUUCUAUAUAGUAUUCAUGCUGUUUUGUUUGUAACAUUCUCUCAGGUUUUGAUUUUCUAUGUGAAGGCACUGAACUCUGAAGUGACCCAUGUGCCAUAAUCUUGGCAUCAUGGGCUCGAAAUACCUAAAUCUUGUUUUUAUAUGUUUAUUGUUGUUUGUGUCAUGUUUGAACAGUCAUUCAUGAAUGUUGACUAUUGUAACCUAAAGUGGGGUAGACACAUACCGAUUUUUAACAUAUUCAUCGAUUUUCAAAAUGUGAGAGACCCCAGAAAGUGUGUUCUUACUACGGGCUGUACAGACUGGCCGACUUUACUACUCAACAAUGAUAUUUAGAGCAUGAUAUCAACUAGGUUUUGGCUUGAGGAGGCAGAGCUGCUAGCUGCAACAGAUGAAUGUGCUGAACUUAAUUGGAGGAGGGAAAUCACUCUAAAGUCACCCCAGACCACAGAAAAAUCUAUUGCUCAGGAUAAUCUUUCAGAGACAUCCAAUACAAGGGCCUUUGCUCACUUUGAUCGUAAGGGAGGGAAAAUGCUGGAAAUCGGCCCCAUUAUGUGUGUACCUGGCUUUAGAAGAGACUGCACAAUGGCUGAGUGUCUACGUAGAGUCUCAGUCAUCCAGGUCAUGGUCGAGUCAAGGCUGAUUCCAGUUGCAUCGCCUCGACCUUUGUGGCUCACUACGGUUUACAAAGAUGAAGCACCAAGUGGAAAAGGUACAAAUUUGCAAAUACAGUACACAUAAUAUGUAUUUGCUCACCAGCACGUGAGACAUUUGUAGUGCAUGUUUUCAUGUCGCAAUGAACAGAAUGUAAACACCCACCACACAAUCUGUCAAUAAGUUAAACUUACAUUUGGUUCCGUUAGUCGAAAAAGUCACAAAUAGAUAUGCAGGUAAACAGCAAAAAUUUGGAUUAAGAAGCUUCAUUUGAAAAUGUUAACAUGUUUACUUUAUAGUGCAUAUAUUCUGUAAAUAUUUUUACAUAUUAGUGAUGAAAUAAAAUUCAGAUUUUGCACUGUAGGCUGUUGUCAUCCAACAACAGUGGCGGUUUCUGGCAUGUGCAUUAUGUGCGGCCUCACAGGGCAGCAUUGCUGGGGGGCAGCAACACAACCCAAACCAAUUUUAAGAAAAUGCUCCAAGAAAUGCGUUUCUAUUGUGAAGGUAAUGGAACCACAUGUCAAUCAUUAGCGUUUGUAUGGGGAAUUUGCGCCCCCUUGUGAAACCGCCCUGUGAAGUACAGUUCCAUUCCAGUGUGUGUGUGCGCGUGCGCUGCUGGUUGAGUGGAGAUCAAGCUGGUACCGCUGUCUGACAAGGUUGUUGUUUUACAAACAUGCUGAUUACUAUCAGUUUGUAUUUACUGAUCUUUGGAAACGUCUGGGUAUGACCUCAGAGAUGCUGUACAUGUAAAUACUUUGUACUGAAUAUUCUGACAAUGUGGAUAGUGUCCGUUUUGUGUAAUAGACAUCCUCAUGGAGGAUAUGCAUUGUUCAUAGAUGAUGUGACAUGUGAAGACAGAUACCCAGAGUUCACAAAUGAUGACCCAUGUAUUUGCAGUAUUGGAAGUGGGCUUUGUAGCCAUGUGGAUCUUCAAUACUUGUGAGCUCCCUUCUGGUUAGAAACCACAUGGCAACAAUUUUAAUCUGUACAGGUAUACAAUGUACAGGGAGUUCUCGGUUUACGACAUUUAGAGGGUUAUGAACACGCUCAGUUGCCACCGUACUUUUGAAUUUUUAUUUUUAUUUUUUGUAUAUUCAUGGCCUAGAAGAGUUUUUUGUACAACAAUUUACUGGAAUUAUGACUUUACAACUGCAUUAAUGAAGGUUAGUGCAGUGUUUCCCAACCUUUAUGGAGCUAAGGCACAUAUUUUACAUGAGGAAAAUCUCACGGCAUACCACCAACUUAAAUGUCACAGAAGGUGUAUCAAGUGAAAUAAUGAGAAUCUUGUCUCAAUUUACUCACAAAUUUAUUUCGUAUGAAAUGUGGGCCCGUUUAGUUGAACACAAAUCUAUUAUUCUGUUGUAUUUAUGGCAAAAGGUGUAUACACAGGUGAAUUUUGGAACUUUUGAAAUCUAGUGUAAGAGAAUUAAAUUGUUCUGCCUGUCACUAUACAUCAUUUCCAUGAAUAAAUGAACCAAGAUGCACUAUUUGUAUUAAAUAAAUAAUAUUUUUUGGACUGAUUAAGUGUAAUUGGAUAAUAAAAAAUCUCAAUGGAAUGGAAAUCUUUGAUAAAUCGAGGACCUAUUCUAUAGUACAAGUUACUGAGUUACAGCGUUAUACUUUUUCUCUGACAGGGUCUACCUUGCACGUCAGUUUUGACAAAUUACAUUGCCAUAUGGGUAAAGUAUAAAAAAUACUGUGGUGUGGUCUCCUGUGCCAAUGACAGGAAUACAAUAAAUGAACCAACUCAUGUGUUGUCAGCUCACCAAAAGCACAAUGAUUUGUAUAAUGUCCAUUCCUCCCUCUCUCUGAAGUAUUAGUAACAAUCAUUAGAAAGCAUAUUUUUAAGCACAUUGUUGCAUAUUGUGAGGCACAGACCAAGCAUAUAGAAUCAUCAGGGUUCAUUAAAGUUGUUUGUAUACCUCUUAUGGUUUGAGUCUAGACUUUGCGUAGACCUUUCUACCUCUCUUCUUUGCACUGUCAUUUUCAAGUCCUUUUGUACCCACUUCACACUCCUGAAUUCACUUACUGUACCUUCUAAUGCUGCCAUGAUGCUCUUUCAUUCCUGAAGUAUCUUUGUGAAGCUUUGAACUCAAUCUCAUGAGCUGAAUUUCAAUUUAAAGCACAUUAAUGAAUUUGUUCGCUUUUUGCUGCCUCGUGUGAAGGCUGAAGUGAGUUUACUAGAAGAUGAACACAGAUCUCAAUCAUUACAGUUCACAUCUUUCACUGUAGUUGUACUGAUGAAUUAUCAUACCAAAUCGUUGACGUUACAUGAUUGUUCAAUUCUAACAGCAGUGACACUCUUCACUCUUUCGAUGCUUUGCAUGGACUUAAUCCAAUGUAGUCUCUAUAAGUAGUUUGAAAUGCAUUGCACACACACACACACGCACGCACGAUCAAUAUGUAUCUUGCCAUGUUUGUACAGUAAUGAGGUCUGUGAUAUUACCUAUAAUGUAUACACCAUUUAUUGUAUUUAUAUAUAUAAAAAAAAAAUGUGUUUAAAAAAAAGUUUCAAUGAUUAAUAAAGAU